AACGGCUUCAAGAACCUGCUGGCCAUCGCUGCUGUUACCGAUGUUGAAUUCGCGGAAGCUGCUACCAUCAAGGAGUACAUCAAGGAUCCGAGCAAGUUCGCCGCUGCUGCCGCCGCUGUAGCAGCCCCAGCUGCCGCCGCUGCCGACGCUCCUGCUGCAGAGAAGAAGGAGGAGAAGAAGGAAGAAUCCGAAUCGGAGGACGACGACAUGGGUUUCGGACUGUUCGACUAAGGGCGCGCGUGCUUACGUCAUGCGUGCACAAACGUGCAUCUGAAACUAUCUUUGUCAAACAAGACCCGGCCCAAACUCUGGAUCAUUUUAUAACUACUUGUUUCUAACAUGGAAAUAAAAUAAAAUUGAAAAACAA